AUGGAUCGGGAGCGGGUGGAGGAGCUUGAGGGGAAUCGGUUGAUCUCCAACGGUGCACUCUUGAUGGACGAGCGGCCGCUUCGGAGUGAGGAUUUGGGCCCGGGCAAGGCAAUGGUGCAAGCCCUCGCUGGUUUGGCGUCGUCGCUCGAGGGACUUGCCGAUGCCGUUAUCAGUUCGGCGGUGUCCCGCUUUGCCGACCCCCUGGAUGCCGCUCAUCGGGCCCAAGAGCAAUUGGCCGCUCAAUUGGUCUCCGACGGGAUGGCAGCUCAAUGGUUUCGCGCACGUGCCAUUGAGCUCCUGGAAAACCAACUCGCGAAGGAGGUGGAGCGGGGCCCGCUGGAGCAGCCUUUUGAAGAGAUGGGCCGCCGGCUGGCGGCUGCAAAAGAGAGAAAGAGGGUUCCCCCGCCAAGAAGCGGGAGCCGAAGCGAAUUGUCCCGAAGCCGGUCUUGGCAAACAUUGAAAAGGUCGCGAAGGAGCCCUUGGAUCAGUGAGUGGAAGCAAGAUGCGGGGGGCGAAUACGUGGACGGGCCGGACCCGGAGGAGGCGGGGGACGAGUGGACGUUAGCCAAGGAGGCCUUCAGCGAGCUGGCCCCAGAGACCGGCUUCGACCGAUCCAUCCCUAUUGUCUCGCUCGCGCACGAGAUGGGCGUGCCGAUGAACGAGGACAACGUGCACGCGACGGGCAGACACUUGCUGGGGCUGGCACGGGCAAACGCUGCGCGACUGCGGAGUGCUCGGGGUGGAAAAGAAACUGCGAAGGGGUCAGCUAGUGCGGGCUCGACCGAGGGAGGGGACGGAGAGCCCAUGGGGGCGGGGGGCACAGAAUCACCUCCCACCCUACUCGAGGCGCACGAGCACAGCCUCGUGGUUCUCGGGUAG